AUGGUGACAAUCCCUUGGAUGCUGGAAGAAUCAGCUCCUGAAUUCACUUCUGCCCUGCUCUAUAAGAACAGCCGUCGAUAUAUGGACAAGGAUGUGACAGUACUGGGGCCCUAUGGAGUAGACCGAAGAGUACACUGUGUAGACUUCACAGACUGUGAAAAUGGACUGGGUAUUAAGGUGAUCGGAGGGUUAAGGGAGCUGACUGGAGAGGAGUACGGGGUGUAUGUGAAGAGGAUUCUGCCUGGUGGUCUAGCUUCAGUGGACGGUCAGCUGCAGCCUGGAGACCAGAUUCUUGAGGUUAAUGGUGAGAGUCUGGUUGGAGUGACGAAUGAAAGUGCAGUAGAAAUCCUUCGAGCAGCCUCAUCGUCCAAUAAUAUGCGGCUGAUGAUCGCUAGAGAUGAACAGGGCAGGAGAGAAUUUUUGGAAUUAUUGGCAAACUAUGGAUCCAGGGAUAGUACAGGAUCUGCAAGGAAUUCACCCAUUCCACAAGGAUGUGGAACCAUAACAAUUGCCUUUUUACCAGGCAAGGGGUCUAUACAUUCUGCUGCUUCAUUACACAAUGGGGACCACUUAAUGCAGAAAAGCACUGGAAAUAGCUACAGUUCUUGUAGGAUGAAGGUUCAUGUGAGAACACCUAAGCCCCAACUUGAAGACCACUGUCCAGUGCCUUUCCAGUCACCUGACAUUUGUCCACUACAGCUUACUGCCUCAGCUGCCAAAACAUCCAUUCAGAAAGAAGUGCCCAGCAUCAAACGUAAAGUCUCUCUGGACCCCCAUGUUCGGUUAAAGGUGGAUAAGCUCGAGUUGGCACUGAAGUACCUUGGUUUACAUGUCACAGAAGAACAAACAAGACAGCUGAGGCUCAGUCUCACAAAUGAUUCACAGGGAACUGUGGCCUUUGGAGAUUUUGUGCAGGCAGCAAGAAUUACCUUGCCACAGGAGCUGGAGGAUGUUGGCCUAAGUCAAAGACCCCUGAUGUUUUCUCCUCAUGAAGUUGCGAACCUUUUGGAUACAACAGCUUUCCAAUCCCCGAUCUUUAGCUCCAAAACCUUCCACAACCCUGAGAACGUGGACUACCUGCAGUCAGAAGUAACUGAAUUGCGUCAGGAAAUUAAGAAAUUGAAGGCUGUUAUCAUGGAGAUGGAGAAGAACAAGAAAGCACUGGAAGAGGAGCUGCAGCAGAUCACUCAGAGAGCCACAGCCACUGCUGCAGAUAACAGGAUGCUACAGAACAAGCUGCACCUGGCCAGUGCGGUUCAGCACGGGGCCCACUCCGCUGAACAGGACUAUGAGGAGGCUGUAUGUCUUCUGGAGGCCGAGAUCUUGGACCUCAGAACCCAGCUGGAAGGAAAGGCACAACGUCAUUCAGCACAGUUAAACAAGGAAAAUAAUCAGGAUCUGCGGGAAAGACUGUCAAUUGCCAACAGCCAGCUGCAAACAUCUGAACUCAGUCGCAAACAUCUGGAAAUCUCCAACAGGAAGCUAUUGUCCUUUGUUGAGAAAGUACAUAAGGUUCUAACAUCUGCCACGUUACAGGGAACUGACCAAGGGGUGUUCAAAACCAAGCAUCUGCGGAGAGAAAGUGGACUAGCCCUUCCUGGUCCUGAACAACUCCUUGCGGCCGAAGCCAAGCAGCUGAUUGAGGGGAUCUGCUCUCCAAGCUGUGAAAACAAUGCACUUACUAAGACACAUGGCACCCUGCCACAGGAGCUGUUGACACAGAACAGGAAAAGCAGUCGGGAGAAGAAUGCUUCGUCACAAAUACAUAGAAACAGCCCGUUGCAAGAAAUAUUAUUUAUUUAA